ACAAUAAUGUCGGUUACCAGAAUUAGCACAUUAUACAACGAAACGUAGCUUUUUUUAUGGCCGCUAGAUUCCCCUUGUUUUGACGUUCUUUCAUUUCAUUUUUCGUAAAACGAGAGGGGAUUUCUUAUUAGCGACGGUAUAACGAGCGCGAUUACGCUGCAUUUUAUCCGUUAAGAAUAUAAUUAAGCCGUCAAACUGGAAGUACUUCAGGUAACGAGAGAGGACGCCGAUAUGACGUCCGUGACUAGGAGACGAGAACAUGAAGAUUCCGGAGAGUAUUCGGACGCAUCGCAAGAGAUCGAGCUCAAUAACUCCGUGAACGAUGGAGGGCAGCAGGAGUCUGAUUACGACUCGCAGGGCAGUGACUCCGAACAUUCUGACCAGGAUCCUGAAAAUAAGACUAGCUGCUUGCACGCGACUACCUCAUUACCAAUGCUCUUUGAUCUAUGCGGUGUAUACUAGAAAGAAACAAACAAGUUGUCAACUAAGGGAGUCCAGAUACUCUUAUACAGAUAUUCAAAUGAUUCAGCUACAAAAACUGACCAAUAUGAAGGAUUACUUAUACCUUAGUAUAUGAAUCAUUCUCUAUUAUUUUUAAGCGUCUUCAAUCUUAAAGAUCUUCACUUCAGAAUCUUAUAUCUCUGUAAACAUUCCUAGAUAUCAUUUACUUAGAUGUAUCUUUAAAAAAAUAUAUAGGUGUAAUACUAGCUGCGCCCCGCGGUUUCACCCGCGUGAAUUCGUAGGUCUCGUUCUCGGUGACUUUAUAUUAUUUGAGGCGGAGGUGAAUCCAAUAAAUCACUAUCGUAACAUAAGUCAGGAUUACUUAAUACGAUGGUUUAGUAUUCUAAAAUUUUCGAUCCUUUUUUGCGCUAGUUAUUUUCUUUCAUGAUAACCAACCAACCAACCCACCAACUUGACAAUAAAAAAAAAAAAAAAGAAUUAGCGAAAUCGGUCGUGCCAUUCGUGUCACUCGUGAUGCUGAGAUCAAGGGGAAUAGGGGUUCAUUUUUAUUUAUUUAUUGAAUAGAAUAGAACGGUAAAAACCAAUUACACUACUCAUAGACACAUAAAACAACUUAUGAUCAAGAUCAGUAACUUAUAUCUAAUCGGUACAACAUACGAAAUUUUAAUAUAAAUUAAAGAUAUAUGAUAUUAGGGAAGGUUGGCGCUCUUUGGGGGAGGCCUACGUUCAG